AUGGCUCAGGUGCAUAUACAGACCCCAACGUCCUCCUCCUCGUCGUCAUCGUCUGUGGCUGGGGAAGAAUCCAGGAGGCUGAGGGUGGCAGCCCGCGAAAGGAUGGCUGGAGGCCGUUUGUUGGACAGUCAUAGCCUGGAUGGGAUAAGCCAAGUGUAUGGAGCAUCCAAGGCUCAGGAAGGUAGGAGGGCUACCAUAUCCAGCGCUUUGGAGCUAGAAGGGACAGUGAGCCAUGACGGGGACCUGACACACUUUGUGGCCAACAACCUGCAGAUGAAGAUCAAGAUGAGCUCCCGGGGCAGUCUGGAUGACACAGAACCCACCUCCUCAUCAUCAGUGUCGUCGCAGUUGUCUGUUAGGGGCAAAACUGCAGAUAUACCUCCCAUUGACCCACAGGUGAUUAGGGAUCUGGAAAGGCUCACUAGGGAUGUGGCACAGAAGGUGGACCAGAUGCUAAGAGCCUUGAACAGCGCUAUCCAGAACAUGACAGCCCUCAGCGUUGGGUACAUCCAGACUUACCGGGAUGCUGUAGACAGCUUGGGUGAAUCUGUGGACAUGAGCAUCAAAGGGAUGUACACUCUGAUGGCAAGGUGUGAGGAGUUGGACCGCUCCAUGCAACCUGUCCAUACCCUCGCUAAACAAAUCCGGGAGAUUAAGAGGACUCUGGAAAUCUUUGAGGCACUUUGCAAGUAG